GGUGACAGCAGGCGACAGCGGCGCGCGUCCCCGCGGCUCGCCCCGGGCUGUCAGGGGGUGCCCGCACCCCGCACCCCGCGCCCAGCCAUGGGGGGCUGCUCCCGCAGUAACUGGAUUUUGCCCCUUUUUUUGGCUGGGCUCGUCCAGCUGGGGCGAAGUGAGGAGAGAGAGAAGGUGGACUGCUACCCCACGGUGACGGACACCAUCUACAACUACGGGGCCCUGACCCUCGAUGGGGACGAGUACAUCCCCUUUGAGAGGUACAAGGGGAAGACAGUGCUCUUUGUCAACGUAGCCACAUACUGAGGCCUGACCCUACAGUAUGUUGAACUGAAUGCACUACAAGAUGAGCUGAGAAACCAAGGGCUCGUGGUCCUUGGCUUCCCCUCCAACCAGUUUGGGAAGCAGGAACCCGGCCAGAACUCAGAGAUCCUCCCAGCACUUAAGUAUGUCCGGCCAGGAAAUGGCUUUGUUCCCAACUUCCAGCUGUUCCAGAAAGGGGAUGUGAACGGGGCCAAGGAGCAGAAGAUCUUUACCUUUCUGAAGAAUGCCUGUCCGCCAGUGGCGGAGGAAUUUGGGAACCCCAACAAGCUCUUCUGGGAGCCUCUGCGGAACCACGACAUCAAGUGGAACUUUGAGAAGUUCCUGGUGAGCCCUGAGGGUGUGCCCAUCAUGCGCUGGUACCAUCGCACCAACAUCGCCGUGGUGAAGAGAGACAUCAUGAACUACCUGAGGACACGGCAGCAGAACCAUGAGGAACAGCAGGAGCAGUAGAGCCUCAGGCUGCUGGCAUGAGGGCCAGCAUCUCCCCAGCUGCUUCCAUUCCAUUCCAUUCCCUCCCCAGAUGUUCCCCAGCAGCAGGAAUCACGCACUGUCCCCUCCAUUGCUCCUGUCUCUGGCACCCCCCAGUCAGGAUGCUGGGCUGGGCGAGCUCGUGGCAGAGACCUCAGCGAUGGCAGUGGGAUAAUUCCAAUAUCCCCGUGUCCCACCUCCACCCCUGGUGGUGACAUCUCCUGGCCUCCAGCUUGCCCCUCUGCUCCACCAUCGCAGGCAGUGGGAGGAUGGAGGGGCCAGCUGUCCCUGGAGCAGGAGACCACUUCUCCAUGAAGGCUCAGCCCGAAAGCCCCUGGCUGGGGCGGGCCUGGCCUGAUUGUGCCGAGCACGGAGCAGCUCUUCAGUGCAUUCAGGCUGCCCGUGGUCCUGGCACACAGACGUGCUGCUCUCCUGCUCAGGGGUGGCCGGCCCCUCCCCACCCACCACAGAAACACCAAAUAAAAGCUUUGCAAAUGUGCA